AUGGCUAUUAAUGUUGCUUUAUUAAAGUACGGUUAUACUAAUUUUAGUCUAACUAUUCUAGAGUUUUGUGAAAAAGAUAGUCUUAUGUCUAGAGAAAAACACUUUUUUGAAAUAUACUCUCCUGAAUACAAUCUAUUAAAAACACCUGGAAGUCCUUCACGAGGAUCAGCUGCUUCUAAGACAUUUAAAUCUCCGGAAUUUUUAACUAAAUUAUCUAAAGGUCAACCUAGUGGAAUAGAAGUUGAGGUAACUGAUUUGGAAACAAAUAGUAUUUCUACUUAUCAUGCCAUUAAGGCUGCAGCUCGAGCUUUAGAUAUAGACAAAAGAUAUAUUGAGCAUUAUAUUUACUUGAAACAAGAUAAACCUGUUUUAGGUAGAUAUACAUUUAAAUUAAAUUCAGAUCACACAAGUACAAGUACAAAUAUAAUUAACGAAAAGGUUCAAAAAACCUCUAAGAAAGUGGAGGUUACUAACGUUGACACUAAAGAGGUUAUAAUAUACUCUUCUAUUACCGCUGCUGCUAGAGCAUUAGGUUAUCGUCAACCUAGUAUAUCUUUAUAUUUAAAGGAUAAUAGAACUAAACCUUUUAAAGGGAAAUAUCUGUUCAAACUAGUAGACUAG